UGUCUCUCCCGCAUAAGAAAUAUCGACAAACCCACAGGCCUACAAGAGAAAAAACCAAACAAGCCCUUUGCUUGACGAUCUCCACGAUGCUGUUUGUUUCUCCCUCAUUGCUUCUUAAUAAUCUCCUCUGCUCUCUUUCCCUAUAACCUUCUCCUCCUUAGAUCCUCUCUUUGUCCCAUUCCGGUAGCAAGAGAUCUCAAAUUCUGAAAUCACUCCCUGGUAAAUUGAACUCUUCGACUCUUGUUUGAUUUAAGAGAAAUUUUCGAAUUUGGUUUGAAUUUUGGAAUCCGUUUGGUUGGUUGAUUGGGAGAUUGGAGUAUCAAGCUUCAGAUUUGGAGAAUGGCUUCAAUAUCACAUUCUCCAGUUUCUUUCACUGGAACUUCAGCUUCCGAUCUUCUUCGGAGCUCCAGUAAUGGAGUCAGUGGCAUCCCUUUGAAAUCCCAAGGAAGGGUACAGUUGUACACAAGGAGAAGGAACUUUGGUGUCACUGCAGCACUUAGGAAGGUGAAGAAGCACGAGUAUCCAUGGCCUGAAGAUCCGGAUCCAAAUGUGGAAGGCGGGAUUCUUGCUCAUCUCUCACAUUUUAAGCCUUUGAAGGAGAAGCCUAAGCCAGUUACUUUGGAUUUUGAGAAACCGCUUGUCCAGCUUGAGAAGAAGAUAAUCGAUGUGAGGAAGAUGGCCAAUGAAACUGGCCUGGAUUUUAGUGAUCAGAUCAUUUCACUCGAGAAUAAAUACCAUCAGGCCCUGAAGGACUUAUAUACACAUUUGACCCCAAUUCAACGUGUGAAUAUUGCACGGCACCCUAACAGACCCACUUUUCUUGACCACGUAUUUAACAUUACGGACAAGUUUGUGGAGCUUCAUGGAGAUCGUGCAGGGUAUGAUGAUCCUGCUAUUGUUACUGGUUUAGGAACCAUAGGUGAUAGAAGAAUGAUGUUCAUAGGUCACCAAAAGGGUAGAAACACGAAGGAGAACAUUCAGCGUAACUUUGGUAUGCCUACUCCCCAUGGUUACCGGAAGGCUCUGCGCAUGAUGUACUAUGCAGAUCACCAUGGGUUUCCUAUAGUUACUUUCAUUGACACACCUGGGGCAUUUGCAGACCUUAAAUCCGAGGAACUAGGUCAAGGUGAAGCCAUUGCUCACAAUUUGAGGACCAUGUUUGGUCUGAAGGUACCAAUUGUUUCUAUUGUUAUCGGGGAAGGUGGUUCUGGUGGCGCCCUGGCCAUCGGCUGUGCUAAUAAAUUGUUAAUGCUUGAAAAUGCUGUCUUCUAUGUUGCCAGUCCAGAAGCUUGUGCAGCAAUAUUGUGGAAGACUGCGAAAGCCUCUCCGAAGGCAGCCGAGAAGCUGAAAAUCACUGCUACAGAACUGUGCAAGCUGCAAAUUGCUGAUGGGAUCAUCCCUGAGCCGCUUGGUGGUGCACAUGCAGAUCCAUCUUGGACCUCGCAGCAGAUAAAAGCUGCGAUUAAUGAAUCCAUGGAUGAGCUCGAGGCGCUCAUGGAGAAAAACCCAGAAGAGAUACUGAGGCAUCGCAUGCUCAAGUUUAGGAAAAUUGGAGGGUUCCAAGAAGGAACCCCAAUAGAUCCUAAAAGAAAAUUCAACAUGAAAAGGAAAGAAGGGCCUAUUCAAGCCAAGACUUCAGAGUUGAAUUUGAAGGAUGAUAUUGAGAAACUGAGGCAGCAAAUUUUGAAAGCGAAGGAGUCUUCUACCGGGCCUUCUGAGUUAGCUUUGAAUGAGAUGAUUGAGAAACUAAAGAAAGAGAUUGAUCUCGAAUUUUCCGAGGCAGCUAAAGCCAUGGGCGUGAAGGAUAGGAUUGAGAAAUUGCGCCAAGAAUUUUCAAAAGCAAAUUCACAAGACCAACUUAUGCAUCCUGGUCUGAUGGACACGAUUGAGAAGCUUAAGGCCGAGUUUAAUCAAGGCCUUUCAUCGGCUCCUAAUUAUUCAAGCCUGAAGUAUAAGCUUGACAUGUUGAAUGAGCUCUCUAAAACAAAAGGCCUUUCCGAGAACAAAAAGAAGGCUGCGACAUUGAAGCAGGAAAUCAAUAACAAAUUCAAAGAAGUCAUGGAUCGCCCUGAUAUUAAGGAGAAGAUGGAAGCACUGACAGCUGAAGUCCAAAGAUGUGGGGUUUCGAAAUUUGAUGAUUUAGACCAAGGUUCGAAGGAUACUAUUUUGAAGAUGAAAAAGGAGAUAGAGCUGGAAGCGGUUAAUAUCCUUAAGUCCAUGGGGCUGGAGAUAGAAGUUGUAGAAAAGGCAAGAGAAUUCAGUGAAAGGACUACAUUCCCAGAAUUUAAAGCUCGGCUAGAAAACUUGAAUGAAGAAGUUAACAAGAAAAUUGAAGACGUGGUCAACUCAUCAGAUCUGAAAAACAUGAUUGGAGUGCUGAAGUUGGAGAUAGCGAAGGCAGGAAAGACCCCAAAUACUGAGUCAAGAAGAAAGAUUGAGGCCCUGGAGCAACAGAUUAAGCAGAGGCUUUCAGAAGCUUUGAGUUCCUCAGAAUUAAAGGAGAAGCAUGAAGAGCUGGAAGCAGAGAUUUCUGAAGCCUUAAAAUCUUCUGGAGGAUUAGAUGGAAGCUUAAAAGCAAAAAAUCCAAUGGAAGACAACUCUAAGCAUGAUGAACCAAGAGUGGAGGUUAAUUUGGGUGCAAAUUGCAGCUAAGGUUUGACACUUCACUUUUAGGGAGUGGAUUUCCAGGGAAGACGAUAAAUGCUUGGUGUUUCGAUGUAGUUGAGGUGACUCCCUGACAGAACAUGCUGCCGCCUUUAGGUUCUCCGGUUAUACAUUCUCCUUUCAUGGCAGUGCACAAGGCUUUGCUUCGAGAGGAACAUGAGAGUCGAGACAGUUUCUGCUUUAGUUAUUCCUUUUCUAUAAUUUAAGUUACAGCUGCAACUCUUCCCUUUUGGACUAGACAUUUUUAGUUCUUAUCAGUUUCUCAUUUCUAUUCCCUUUUCUAGAUAAAACUAUGUAUAGAUGGUGUGUUGGAGGCUAAUAGCAAUGCUUCCAGGUAUCAGGAACAUCACUCCGCCCUUGUUGAAUAAUCCAGUUUCAAGUUUUGUGUGACAGCUGACUAAAUGAAUCUUAUUGAUAAUCAUUUUUUGGCUUAUUGA